GUAGCCCGGAUGUUUUGCUCCAUGACACUAAAGAUAUUCCGGCAGAAAUGUACCGUAGACGCUGAGUUUCUCCCUACAAAAUGAUUUUUAAAAAGGAGCGUUUAAUUUUAGUUAGCUGUGUGUCGGUAGAGUUAGCUUUAUUUUGAAAUGAAUAACCGGAAAAUUCAUUUUUUUUUUAUCAUCUGAACUAAUUUAAAUGUAACUUGAAUGGAGUUGGAGAAGAGAGCAGCCAACCAACAUCAGCAGUGUUAAUACUCGACAUUUCUGAUCCAUUUAGUGAGCUCAGCUGGAGAGUGCAAGAUGCUUCGGGAGUCUUAUCCCUUCGUGGAGGACAGUUUCAGCCGCUUCCCGUCGCAGAGUAACAUUUACGGGCUGUGUCAGGCCGGGGAGCAGGAGCUGCUGGCGGCCACUCUCAAAGGGAAGGUGGUGUGUUUCAGAUACCAGGAGCUGCAGCAUAAAAUCAGACCUGUGGCUAAGGAGGUUCAGUUUACCUACAUCCCAGUUGAUGCAGAGAUCGUAUCAAUUGAUGCCUUCAACAAGUCUCCACCCAAAAGAGGCCUGGUGGUGGGCAUCACAUUCGUAAAGGACUCUGGUGACAAAGCCACACCGUUCCUGAAUAUCUACUGUGACUAUGAGCCUGGUUCUGAGUUCAACCUAGAGUCUAUUGCACAGAGUUGCCUGAAUCUGGAGUUGCAGUUCACGCCCUUCCAGCUCUACCACACAGAAGUGCAGUGUGACGAUGGAGGCAGAGAGACAGUGUUCUUGCUCAGUGGUCAUGACCAGAAGAUCCACCUAUACAAGGAGAACGCCUCCCUCCACCAGUUUGAAGAGCAGCCAGUGGAGAGACUCUUCCCUGAACUACAACAACUGCCCAGCAAUGUGCUAUGGUUGGAUAUGUUGAGUGUAGCUGGUGACCGGCGACUCUCAGCGUUUGGCUGUCAGAAUGGCUGUGUUGGACUGGCUCUGGUCAGCCAGACAGGACCAGAGGUUUUGCAGAGCUGGCGGUUCCAGUUUGACAGUCCAAUCUCGUCAGUGCUGCUGUUCCCUCUGAGAGUCCAAACUGAGUUCAGUCAGCCCAGUGGAGACAAAAGUGUGCAGACAGAAGGCUACAACCUCCUGGUAACCAGUACUAUAGAGAUGGCAGUUGUCUACAGAGAUGUCCAGGAGCAAGGCUUGUCUCACCCUGUGUGCCUCUCAGAGAGUGACCAGUGGGAUGCAGUGCUUUGUGCUCUGGUAAUUGACCUGGAUUUUGACGGGCAGAAGGAGGUGCUGUUGGGAACGUAUGGGCAGGAACUUCUGUGUUACAAAUUUCAGCCAGCAGGGAGAGGACGAGAUGGACAGUUUCAGCUGCAGUGGAGGCGGAGCUUCAAGAGUCCUUUGCUGUCUGUCAUCUACUUAGACUUGACUGGGGAUGGUUUGAGAGAGCUGGCUGUCCUCACACUAAAGGGCCUGCAUAUCUUACAGCAUACUCUUACCAGUACUGCUGAUUUGGUCCUUGAGCGGCUUGCCCUGAGGGUGUCAGCGCUGGCAGCUGGCUCUGAGCUGGAGUCAACUGAAGCUCAAGACACUGAGGAGAAAGAUGCUCCAGCUAAGAAAGAGGAGUGUACACCAUCAACUUAACUGUGUAUUUUGUUUCCAUGUGUGAGUCCUGAUGGUUCAGACUGAGGCAUUUGGUUCAUUUACAGGUGGAACUUGACAGAUUUUCUCAGGGGCAUGUAUUCCUGAACAGUUACACACAAGUUAAAAGAUCAAAUGUCACAUUAGCCACCCAAAACAAUAACACUCUGCUUUUUGGUCAAAUACUGAAUGUAGGUGACUGUAAAAGAAACUGACUGAAGAGCUCACAUUGUGAUAUGAGGUACUGUAGAUAGUGUACAGUCAUUUGUAAAUAAUAAAUCACAUUCAGUGAAACCCUCCCACUA